AUAAUAAUAAGAUACUGAAAGUGUCCUUGAGUUUCCUGUUUCCGGCAAACUUGAGUUCUUUCACGAUGCCGUCGUUUGCAGGUUUGGACGUUGAUGAUGAGGAAAUUAUUCCUGAUAUUCUGGAUCAGAAACCCAAAGUUGAAGACCAUCUGGGUUCAACAAUUAUAGUGGAUGGAUGUCCUGUUGUUGGUCCAGCUAAAUUCGAGCUCCUUAAAAAGUUUUUGCUAGAUAAAUUUUCGAAAAUCGGCCCGAUAGUAGAUCAUGAGUUCCCUUUGGAUAAUGAAAAACAAACAAAAGGAUAUAUUUUCAUUACCUACGAGAAUGGAAAGGCAGCAUCACAAGCUGUUCGGACCAUGAAUAAUGUUCCUCUGGACAAGAACCACACUUUCCAGGUUACUCUAUUGUCAGAUUUCGAACGAGUAACAAAUGUUCCGACUGAAUGGGUACCUCCACCCAAACAAGAAUAUAAGGAUUUGGGUAAUUUAAAGAGCUGGCUGUUGAAUGAGUUUUGUCGGGACCAGUUUGCUGUUGUCUACAAUGAUGGUGAAACUGGAUCAGUUUAUUGGCAUACUGCUGUCGAACCAGUCGUGGCUGAAGAACGUGCUCAUUGGACUGAUGGAUGGAUGCGAUGGUCACCCAGAGGGACUUAUUUAGCAACAAUGCAUUCUUUGGGUAUUAUUUUAUGGGGCGGUGAGAAGUUCCAAAGAGUUGGUCGCUUUCCACAUUCAGGUGUCAAAACAAUAGAAUUUUCACCCAUGGAACAAUUUAUGAUAACUUUGAGUCCAAGCCCCAACUUUCCCACCGAUGAACGUGCAGACGCAAUCGUGUGGGAUGUGAAGCGCUGUGUUAGUCGUCGAGAGUUCUCUGUUCCAAUCGAUUUUCAUCCGGCGUUCAAAUGGUCUCCAAAGGAUGAAUAUUUUGCUUGCUUGCGAGACGGUGCCAUUAGUAUUUACUGUGCUAGCAAUUUCAGACUUUUGGAUAAAAAGAAAAUUGGGGGCAAUAUUCGCGAUUUUUCUUGGUCACCUUCUGAUAAUAUUUUAGCAUACUGGGUACCUGAAUCUGAUAAUACUCCAGCCAGAGUUGUUCUUUUGGAAGUACCAAGUCGUCAGGAACUAUGCACAAAGAAUUUAUUUUCCGUAGCUGAAAUCAGUCUUCUAUGGCAUGAACAAGGUGACUUUUUAGCUGUUCAAGUAUUAAGGUGUGCAAAAAAGAAGUUGGACGGUGAAAAGCAAGUGAAAUAUGUGGGUACCUACACCAAUUUUGAAAUAGUUCGUUUAAGAGAAAAAUUAUAUCCUGUUGAUCAGCUGGAAGUUAAAGGCACUGUAUCGAAUUUUCAAUGGGAACCUUGUGGUACACGUUUCGCUUUCUUACAAUCUGUAACAAGUGGAAAAUUGUCAAUAGCGAUUUAUGAUGUAUCUCGUGGAACUAAUAUUCGUGAAGUUACUGUUCUUGAUCUUGCUUCACCUCGAACCAAUGAUCUUCGUUGGUCAUCUAAGGGUGGAAUUAUUGUAGCAGCAGGUUUAAGAAGUGCUGAUGGUAUACUGGAAUUCAUUUCAGCAAAUGAAGGUCAGAUUUUAGCUAAGGGAGAACAUCCAACUGUUAGUGAUAUACAAUGGGAUCCUACAGGAAGGUAUAUAGCGACAACAGUAAGUAGUUUCUAUCAGAAGAAUGAUAAUGCAAUAUGGUUUUGGAAUUGUGUGGGUCGUUGCUUGUAUAAAAUGAACUUGCGUGGAAUUCGCACUUUCAUCUGGAGACCACGACCACCUACGCUACUCAGCGCUGAACAGCUUCAGGCUAUUAAAAAGAAUAUGGCAAAAUAUAAUUCACAACUAGCCAACGAAGAUCGUAUGCUUGCUUCAAAGGCUAGCAGAGAAUUGCUUGAGAAACGACAAAAACUAUUAACUGAAUUCAAUAUUUGGAAAAAUGCUAUCAUUAAAUUAUAUAAUAAAGAUGAAGAGGAACGCUUCAGAUUAAGAGGUUCUGGCGCUGAUAGAUCAUCUCGUGAACCUCAAACAGAGGAAGAAUUGGAAAUUUUAAUCAGUGCUGUACACGAAACAAUUCGUAAAAAUACAGACGAAUAAUAAAUGAAUACACUUUGUAAACGUAUUUAUUUGUCUUUUUUUGUCACUCACACACACACACUCUCCCUCUCCCUUAAACAAACUGUACAAAAUAAAAUCGGAGUUAAAAAAAGAAAUGGAAUGAUUGUUACGGUUUGAUUGUUCAAUAAAAUUCUUGUAAAAUUAUUUCGAAAAAAAUAUAUAUAUAGUGAAAUGGAAAUAUUAAAAAAAUUUAUUUUAGUUCCUGAUUUACUAAAAUUGACUGUUGUUUCGUUUGUGAAAUGUUCAGUUUUGUGUUACCUUGACUCUUAUUUUUGUCUUUUAUAAUUAUGUUUCUGGUAUUUGUAUUGAUGAUUGUAUACGGUAUGUGGAAUUCAAACUAUGGUAACAAUGAGUAAUUGUAAACCUUAUUUAUUUCGUAUAGUCACUUACUUGGUAAAAUAACGUUUAUGAAGUGUUUA